AAUCCUCAGGAACAUAUACACACCCUGCAAUCUCAAGAGCCAGCAUCGAUUCCAAUGGCUCUCCUCACUUCCCUCGCCAUUAUUGUUUCCCUCAUUGCUUCUCUAACCCUCACCCAUGCUAAAAUUCCCGGCGUCUACUCCGGCGGAGAGUGGCAGAACGCCCACGCUACUUUCUACGGCGGCAGUGACGCCUCCGGCACCAUGGGAGGCGCGUGUGGGUAUGGGAACUUGUACAGCCAAGGGUAUGGGGUGAACACGGCGGCGCUGAGCACGGCUCUGUUCAACAAUGGCCUGAGCUGUGGGGCUUGCUUCGAGAUCAAGUGCGGCAGCGACCCACAAUGGUGCCAUCCCGGCAGCCCGUCGAUCUUCGUGACGGCCACCAACUUUUGCCCACCCAACUAUGCUCUUCCCAGCGACAAUGGCGGCUGGUGCAACCCCCCACGGCCACAUUUCGACCUCGCCAUGCCCAUGUUCCUCAAGAUCGCCGAGUACCGCGCCGGCAUCGUGCCCGUCUCUUACCGCCGGAUACCUUGCCGGAAAAGCGGAGGGAUAAGGUUUACGAUCAACGGGUUCAAGUACUUCAACCUGGUUCUGAUAACGAACGUGGCCGGCGCCGGGGAUGUUGUGAGGGUGAGCGUGAAGGGGUCGAAGACGGAGUGGAUGAACAUGAGCCGUAAUUGGGGUCAGAACUGGCAAUCCAACGCCGUCCUGAUCGGUCAGUCACUGUCCUUCAGGGUCACCGGCAGCGACCGGCGGACAUCCACCUCCUGGAACAUCGUCCCUUCCAACUGGCAAUUCGGCCAAACCUUCACCGGCAAGAACUUCAGGGUCUGAGAUCUCCGAACUUGCUCCCGCCGAUUAUAUAAAAUAUAUUUUUGGAAAAAAAAAUCUUGCUUGCGUUUUUUUUUUUUCUUUGUCUUUUUGUUUUCUUCUUUUGGCUUUGGAAUGUGGAUACGCGGGAACGGCGAGGAGAAGAAAGGGGCAAAAAGAAAAAGAAAAAGUAGUACUGUAGUAGUACGUGGAGACGGCGAGGAAACUUUUUGACUUAUAUUAGUGUCUUUUUCCCCCCCCCUUUUCUUUUGGGAGUGGGAGGGAUUGGGGAUUGGGAAAAGUCAAAGUGAAUUUUCAAGACGCUGAAGUGGCUGGCUGCUAAUUUGUGAGCCCGCAGCUACGUUUAUGUAUGUUAAGAGAGACUCAGAGUCAAUGCAUCCCUUUUAGUCUCUUCUUUGAAUGUGUUUGUGUAUUGAUUAGUUCUCUAAUGCGAAAUUUAGUUGUAAGUUCAUAGCAUUUA